UUCUGGUGCCAUGAGCUUGUUGUGGAGUGAGAAGUCAGGCUGAGGUUUGAGUCACGUUGUGUCAUUGCGCAAGUGAAUCUGAACCAUUAGGAUCAGUGGGAGUCAGCGCUACCAGUGCCACAGAGAGCUCGACAGAGAUUUCAACUUCAGCGAACACCACUGACAUGAUACAGUAUGAUUUGAGCAUUUUCAACAUCGACUGAGGUUGUUGUGUCACCAGGAACACGUUUGGAGUAGGGGAUUGGAGAUUUCAUUCAACAUCCGAGGAGAUAACGAUGUCAGGAUCUUUUUGUAGAAGUUUAUAUGCCUUCAGCGGAGAUCAGCAUCAGCAAGGGUUGAAGUUUGAGGCGGGCGAACUCAUCCAAAUAACACAAGCUUUGGAAGGAGGUUGGUGGGAGGGCGAAAAGGACGGAGUGAGGGGAUGGUUUCCUUCAACUUACGUUCAAGUGGAGAAAUUAUCCUCAAUGUUACCAACUGAUGAGCCGCUGCCCAGAGACUGGAAGUGCUACAUGUCACCGCAAGGGCAGAAAUACUAUGUCAACUCUGUCAGCAAUGAGACAACGUGGGAGAGGCCAUCUAGCAUGCCUGGCACCCCUAAAACUCCAUUAAAACAUAAGAACUCUGUACCUACAGUGAAUGGAUUUCAUGGCAAUGGUAGCCCAUUGCAUCAGACUGAACAGUCACAUGUACUGAUGCGGAGGACAAGCACAGGUCAACAGAGUCCUGUGUCUACUUCACCCACCAGGAAGCUGGAGCAUGAAUCCACCGUAACUAUCAACUGUGUGACGUUCCCUCUUCCCCUGCACAUGUCUGAACAGCAGCUGCUCAAACCAGAUGAGUGGAGCUACUGCGAUUAUUUUUGGGCAGACCAAAAGGACCCGCAGGGUAACACCACCAUCUCAGGAUUUGAAGUUUUGCUGCAAAAACAGCUGAAGGGGAAACAGAUGCAGAAAGAGAUGGCAGAGUUUGUGCGGGAGAGAAUCAAGAUUGAGGAGGAGUAUGCCAAGAAUCUGUCGAAGCUCUCUCAGAUCCCACUCGGGGCACAGGAGGAGGGCACGCUUGGAGAAGCUUGGGCCCAGCUGAAGAAAAGCCUGGCAGAUGAGGCAGAAGUACAUCUCAAAUUCUCCUCCAAGCUUCAAAGUGAGGUGGAGAAGCCCCUCCUAAUAUUUCGGGAAAACUUUAAAAAAGACAUGAAAAAGUUUGACCAUCACAUGGCCGAUCUGAGGAAGCAGCUAGCCAGUCGAUAUGGUGCUGUGGAGAAGGCACGUAAAGCUCUGGCAGAUCGGCAGAAAGAUCUAGAGUUAAAAACUCAGCAGCUGGAGAUGAAACUGAGCACCAAGAUCGAGGAAGACAUCAAGAAAGCACGCAGGAAAUCCACACAGGCAGGGGAUGACCUUAUGCGAUGUGUUGACCUCUAUAAUCAGUCCCAGUCCAAGUGGUUUGAAGAGAUGGUUACCACAAGUCUGGUAAGCCUGAGAUUCACUGAGCAACUGCAGGCAUUUAUGGAUAAACGGGAGCUUGAGAGGCUGGAGGUGGAGCGGGUGGAGAUGAUCAGACAGCACCUGUGUCAAUACACAACACUACGACACGAGACAGACAUGUUCAACCAAGGCACCAUAGAGCCAGUGGACAAACUGCUUCGGGAUGUAGACCCUGCCAGGGAUCGAGAGCUAUGGGUGAAGGAAUAUAAGACAGGGGAGGUGAGACCAGUGGACAUGGAGAUCUAAUACCAUGAAGACCAGACUCAUACCAUUGCACUGGGACACUGUAGCUUCUCCAGGGUCUCCCAACAACCAGUGAACAUUGGUUUGGGAGGACUCAUUCCUUAAUGCAUUCACUGACUGGAAGAGAGUGGCUGCUUUAGAGAGAUGCUACUAUGCAGCAGGUUGGAUGAAGAGAAAGAGCGCCCUCUAUAUGUCCUGGUGUGACCUUUUAUGGUUUGGUUUGAGGUUUUGAUUGCUCAAAAACCCUCUGCCGCCUUCCCUUUUUAAACAAGCUAUUGUAAGAGUAAAGAAUUUUUUUUUUUUUUUUUUUUAAACCUAUAGUGUAGGACAAUCACGUCUUGAAAGUAACAACCAAGAGGAGGGCAGAUAAAGAACCAAGUGUUUUCUUUCACUUGACUUGCAGUUCCUGAUAAUUGUAGUUUUGGAUACAAUAACCUUCCCACAAAUUUGAUUGAAGGUGUGGUGAGACAAGGCAUCAAAAGUUGUCUAGGGAAAAUAACAAGAAUCUGUUAAUAUAUUUCACUCAGGAGAUCAGAUGCAUUAAAUUAUACAUAAGGUAAAAAAGUACUUAUAGAUAAAUACUGCUGUUGUAAAAUGCAUUUAACUAUAACAGCUGAUUUUACAGUAAAUGCUAGCUGAACAUGGCCUAUUAUUACCCUUAAAGUCAAUGUGAGACACUGUUUGCAAACUUUUUUACUUCCAUAUUGUGAUGUAUUUCUGAGUAAAAGAGGAUAUUUAACAAGAAAAAAUGUAGGACAGGACUUGACUAUAUCCAUCAGGAAUUUAUUGGAUCAUGAAAAGUGGCGAUACAUACCAUAAUGGUGUCAAGUGGUUGGAAGGGAAGUGGUUGUGACGUCAGCUAAAAACACAACCAUCUUGCACAACAAGGAACCAGAAACAUGCAUCAACAAAGUAAAUACGGUUAAUUUUCAUUUAUGUUGACUUUAUGAAAAAGUAUGCAACUACGUUUUAUACAGGAUACACAAAAGACAAGGAAAAAUCCAAAACAUCUUCUUAAUAUUCAUUUUAUUAUUAUUAUUAUUACAGAGAAAAAAAUAAAAAAUCUAGGUAGCCAGUUUUGAAGACUGGCUAGUAUUGUUUUUAUUCAUAUGAGUAUUGUUUAUUGUCCAUAGUUCAUAACUUUACAGAUACUCAUAGUCUUUGUCUCAAAGCAAAAAGACUCCACACUACACUGUAAUGGACUCAGGGAUAACAUUACUUAGAUACACAGUCCAUUAACAACAAGGGCACAAUACCAUGAGAGGAUUUUUUAUUGUUUGUUUGGAGAUUUUUUAAAUUUAUAUAUAUAUAUAUAUAUAUAUAUAUAUAUAUAUAUAUAUAUAUAUAUAUAUAUAUAUAUAUAUACAGUAGACUCAAACUUUUUGUUAUUUUUGGAGUCCAGUUUUAUUUUUCCCAAAGGAUUUACUGAAGGACAGAACAGAACAAAAGCAUCUGCUUAACACUGGCAAACUGUGUAUAGUGAAAGAGGUACAGAUAAUAUAAUGAAGUUAUUUUGCACAGUGCUUAUUUUUAUAUCAAAUCAAUUAACACCUUUUUUUUUUUUUUAAACUGUCUUCAAGUUCUUUUAAAUGGAUUUCAUUCUUUGUUAGAAUUUGCAAAGCAGUCAUGUUAAGCCUUUAACUGUUCCCUGUUACUGAUGUACAUGUUCAGCAUUAAACAUGCAAAGUGCAAGUAAUUCAAUCACUCACAAAAAUAAAAUAAUGUAAAUGAAGAA